GUCAUGUAUUUAUGUAAGUCGGCCUCUGCUCCCGGCCACAUUGUAUGACUUUUCUACCAAGCCUCCAACCCAUUUAUUCCUCUUCCUCUUCCUUUGUGUUUUAGAUCCUUAAAAUUUUUUUACACCGACCAAAACCUUCUAUUACAUCGAAAGCUAUGUAUACAUCAAUUCUUCCUAAAGCGAGAACUACGUACUGAUCUAAGCAUCCAAACGUCGACGUACAUUCAAUUGAUCGGCAGAUGAUGAUCGGCAAAAGCAUGGAUUAUGCCCAACAGUCUAUUGGAAAACCUGCACUACUCUUGUUGCUCUUCAUUGGGAUCUUCUACGGCCUCUUUGUUUGGCCUUCCUCUAUCGGGAGUCCGUUCAAUGCAGCCCAAAAGGAAUCCAUUUGCACACCUUCAAACACGACCACCGAUAUUUAUGUCCCCCAAGACGAUGAGCUUGAAAAAGCUCUAUCCAAAGCUUCCAUGGCAAAUAGAACGGUCAUCAUCGCUAUUGUAAACAAGGCCUACGCGGACCAAGACGUCAGAGCAGACACCACCAUGCUUGACAUCUUCCUUGAGAGCUUUUGGCUUGGGGUGGAGACUAGACCACUCCUUGACCACCUCUUACUCGUAGCCGUGGAUCAGACGGCCUAUGAUCGCUGCCAGUUCCUACGCUUGAACUGCUAUAAAUUGGAAACGGACGGUGUGGAUUUUGGGGGAGAAAAGAUUUACAUGUCCGAGGAUUUCAUCAAGAUGAUGUGGAGAAGAACUCAUUUUCUCAUGGAAGUUCUCAAGCGUGGCUACAACUUCAUCUUCACGGAUACCGAUGUAAUGUGGCUAAGAAAUCCAUUUUCACAAUUAAGCAAAAAUGAAACCGAGGAUCUACAAAUUAGUACUGAUAUGUUUCUCGGGGAUCCAUGGUUGGAAAAACAACCAAUCAACACCGGAUUUUACUAUGUUCGAUCGAACAACAAGACCAUCACACUGUUGAACACAUGGUAUUCUAAGAAAGACAACUCCAAGGGACAGAAGGAGCAAGAUGUGCUAUCGAAUCUUAUUAAAGGGGGAAUAAUUAAACAAUUGAAUCUUACUGUAAGGUUCUUGGACACCCUCUAUUUUAGUGGGUUUUGUCAAGAGAGCAAGGAUUUUAGGGCAGUGACCACCGUCCAUGCAAAUUGUUGUCGGAGUAUUAUUGCCAAGGUGAAGGAUUUAAAGGUCGUCCUCAAUGAUUGGAAGCGAUUCAAGAAGAUUAGUUCUCAUAAAAAGUUGGCUAAUGUGACGGAAAACUUACGGUGGUCGAAACACUCUGGAUGUCGGAAUUCGUGGGGGCCAAUAAAUAAGAGUACUACCACUCAUGCUUAAAAUCAUUUAGUAAAAUAUAAGAUCUUGUGCCUUUAAUUUUUUCCCUAUUAUAUAUAUCAUGUUCAAAUUUGAAGGAGAAAAUAUUAUCACGAGUUCUUGAUCUAUU